GUAUUAGACUAGUCAAAUAUACUGCCUCUGCAUGGGAACAAGUUAAGUUACUGCAGCUUUAAAAUAUUUCAGCAAUUUAUGUGCCCAGAUUCUAUAAAUAGACCAGACCCUUUUUUGUCACAGACCAACUUUUCCUGAGUCCUAACUAACUCCUCUCCCACUUUCUUCCAUCACUUUCUUGAGAACUUGGCAACUUGCAUUUUUCAAAACCUUGAGCUCUCACCACAGAUAUGGCAGCUUUUUCAUACCAGUGUCACCCUUUCCUUGUUGACCCAUCAUUCUUGCUCAACAUAAACACUGGUUCUCCUCCUCUUCCUACUCAAUUUCCCCUUCAUCAAGAAGCUUCUCUGAAUGUUACAAAUCAGGACACAAGCUGUGCUGAUCAGAGCUCCAAAAUCACCAUCAGUGACAAUGAGCCUUCUAUAACAAAAAACCUUAGUCCUCAGUCUUCCAUGGUGGUAGACAAGCUUGAAAUUGGUGAACAGGUCACUCAGAAGGUGACCCCUAAGAGAAGAAGCAGAAAAGAUUCUUCAUUGAAUGAACCCCAAUCUAAGGAUGAUGCAACCGAAGGGAGAAGCAAGAAACAGAAGAAGAGCAAUGGUGGGGUGAAAGAUCAGGACAAGGCAAGAACUGAGAAGAAAGAACAGAGAAAAUGUCCGGAAGAGCCCCCAACAGGCUAUAUCCAUGUCAGAGCAAGAAGGGGUCAGGCCACGGAUAGCCACAGCCUUGCUGAAAGGGUAAGAAGGGAGAAAAUAAGUGAAAGGAUGAAAAGGUUGCAGAGACUUGUGCCAGGCUGUGAUAAGGUGACUGGAAAGGCCCUUAUGUUGGAUGAAAUAAUCAAUUAUGUUCAGUCAUUACAGAAUCAAGUGGAGUUCUUGUCAAUGAAGCUUGCUUCUGUGAAUCCCAUGUUCUAUGAUAUGGCAACUGACCUAGACACCCUCUUGGUUAGACCAGAGAAAUUAAAUAGCUUAGCAUCACCAUCACCUCUUUCAUCAGUGUCACAUUCACAUUGCAACAGUCCCAACCAAGCCACAACAACUUUUGCUGAUACAACCAAUUCCAUCUUCCACACUGCUAAUGACUUCCUUUUGGAUAAUUCAUCACCUUUUUUUCUUCAAGGGCAGAGAUCAAAUUUACCAUCUGAGGAAACGGGUUGUCAAUUCUGGGACACAGAAGAUCAGAGACAAAAGUUUCUUCUUCAUCCAUAUGGAUUCAGCAACAAUUUAAGUUCCUUUCAUUAAUUUAAAAUUUUCAGAGCUGCCCCUACAAAACAACAAACAUGUUGAUUUAGCUUUUACACUAGGUAAGGAAAUUUCAAAGCAGCACAAGAAUGAUUCAAAAAUCAAGUUGAGCAUCACAUUACUAGCAAGAAAAACCAAAGCUACAUUUGGUAUCAGUACUAUAAGUACAUCGGAUUAAAAGGGACCAUUGAAGAUGAAUAAAGGGAAUCAAAAUCAAUGGAUCAUGAUGAAGAACCAAAAAGGACAGAAAUAGCCGACCAAAUAUGACAGUAUCUUUUUCUAGAUCAUUGUUCUGUUUCAGUGAUUUUUGACCCUGCAAGCAAGGACUAGUACUCAAGCUGCACAAAUUCCGGAAAACAUUGAAAUUUAUGAUAGCAUGUAAAUUAUUGGAACUAGUAUUGAUUCUAGUGGUGGCAGUUAUUCUGUUGGUAGUACAGUUAGUUUUUACCAUUAUUGAGAAAAAUGGACGGUUCAUGCUGCUGUACUGUUCAUCAUGUUCUUGACAUGACUGGCCAUGAAUUUGUUGGUCUAGUUAUCUUUAUGUAUAUGUAAUCUGCAGAAUCUUCAGAGUUUUUGCAUCAUGAUGGAUGUUAUUGCUAUUAAUAAUAAUAUCAUUAUUAUUUUA